AUAUAUGUGUGUGCGUCUCUGUCUCUGUGUUUGUGUGUGUGUGUGUGUGUGUGUGUGUGUGUUGCAGCACCUGGGGGAAACAUCCAGCUGUACACAGAACGGACUUCUUUUUUCUACCCACCCCUCCCCUCAUUUAUUUGUCUAUCCAUCUUUCUAUAUGUCCUUCUGACUGCAGUCUGCAUACUGCUGCUGCUGUGGAAGGAGUAAGUGGGAGGAACAUCUUACUCUUUUUUGCCCCGCAAACCAUGCUAGGACAUCCUCCUGGAGCUGCUGCUGCUGCUGCUGCUGCUGCAGCAGGGGUGGACUUGGCUUUCAAUCUCCUGCAUUGCACAAUCUUUCCCCUCUGCUUGGACAGAUAAAAAGAAAAAGACCAAAAGAGGGAGCGCUGGAAGACGAGGAAAAGGGAGGAAAAGGAUACACGGCAGAGCUGCUCUGGGGUGAAGAGGGUGUGGGAGAUAAUAGAUCACAGCAAAGAGCGAGAGGCUGAGGAGGCAUGAGGGGAGCAGCAGACGCGGGGAAACCGAAGACUGAGUGAGUAACACUGCAGUAGAAUGAGGGUUAAAGUGAAAGAGAGGGCUGAGAAGCGUUUGGGUCGGCCGUCUUGCGCCCGCCGCUCAGCGUCUGCCGCUUUCUGAAGAAGCACGACAAGGAAGCCACCGUGGAGUCGAGAAGGAGAAGGAGGAGGGGGACUGAGGAGGAGGAAGCCAGAGGUUCUACACACAAGAUGGCUGCUGUGUCCUCUGCCUCUGACACUGGGGAAUCCAGAGGGCGCCACCCCCCCGAGCGCCGCCUGCUAAUACUCGGAGGCCCGCGCUCCGGGAAGACCUCCUCGGCCAACACCAUUCUGGGACUCAACGUCUUUGACGGCGGGGCCGAGACCACGCACAACAACGUGGCCCAGACGGAGAUCUACGGCCGGCGGGUCACCGUGGUGGACACCCCAUCGUGGGCCAUCCCCGCCGACACCGAGGACGACGAGGACACCGACACCAACGACAACGCCGGCGCCGAGUCGGAGAGCCCGGCGCGGCCCCCGCCCAGCCUGGACAGCGAGGGGCCCUGCAUGGGCGCCAUCCUCUGCCCCCCCGGUCCUCACGCCAUCCUGCUGGUGGUGUCGGUCACCCAGCCCUUCACCGAGAUCGAAAAGAAGGCUGCCGAGGAGCAGCUGGGGGCGUUGGGCGGAGGGACCUGGAGGUAUUCCAUGGUCCUCUUCACAUGUGUGGACAAGCUGCCCAAAGGCGUCUUCAUCGAGGAGCACAUAGCCAACACAGGAGAGGCUCUGCAGUGGCUGGUGGAGAGAUGUGGAAGCAGGUAUCACGCUUUUGAUAACACUCGAAAGGAGACAGAGGAAAACACCCAAGUACCGGAACUGAUGGAAAAAGUGGAGGAAAUGGUCACUGAUAACCAAGGCUGGUACUUUGAGGUGAACGAGUUGAUUUUACUGGAGGAAGAACAAGCCAGGAGAGCUCUGGAGGAGGAGCGAAUGAGGAUGGAGGAGCACGCCAGACAGCGGGAGCAAAUGAUCGGGGGACCCCCCAGAGAGCUGAGGCUGCUGCUUCUAGGGUGGAAGGGUGUGGGGAAGAGCUCGGUGGGGAACUCCAUCCUGGGCCGGCGCUUCUUCGAGUCGGGCCAGGAGACGGAGCUGUGCCUGCGGCGGCAGGCGCUGGUGUGCGGCCGCCGCGUCACCAUCGUGGACACGCCCGGCUGGGACUGGUUCUCGGUGAGGCGGACCCCCAAGCGCAUCCGGCAGGAGUCGCAGCGGGGCGCCGCCCUGCUGCGCCCGGGGCCCCACACCCUGCUGCUGGUCCUGCCCGUGGUGUCCUCGCUGACCGCCCGGAAGCGCCGGACGCUGCUGGCCCACAUAGCCACGCUGUUCGGGGACGGCGCCUGCCUCCACACCAUGGUGCUGUUCAGCUGCGGGGACUGGCUGGGCCGCACGCCCAUCGAGGAGCACAUCCUCCGGGGCGGGCGGGAGCUGCAGAGACUGCUGGAGUUCUGCGGGAACUAUUACCACGUCCUGGACAGCAAGGUGCCCGGCAAGGACCGGAGCGUGUCGGUCCUACUGGACAAGAUCGAGGAGAUGGUCAGGGACAACGGGGACAAGGCCUUCCUCCCCAUCCAGACAGAAUGGUUGAGCGAGGAGAGCUCCUAUUCCUCCGACAACACCGAACCGGAGGACGACUGCCGAGGAUGCCAGCUGCAGUGACACAGAGCCGCCAAAAAAAAGGAAAGGAUGCCUGGCCCUCCUCUCUUCGUUGUGAGUCGUCAGUAGGCCCCAAAACAUCACCUCAUGUAACUUUAAUCUCACACUGAAGCUCCGGAGUUUCAGGGGAAAAACAAACGGACGGUUAGGAAAGCAGGAGUCGGGUGACACGACCACAUUCACUGUUCAACGAGCCAUCAAACCCAAGGCGAGGAGGAGGAAAUCACGAGCGACUGGAGCUCAGACUUUGCCGGUGAGAGAGAAAACGUGGCUCUCCAAAGCAGCCGGGUUCGGUCGGCUGAAUUAAGCCGCUGUCAGCAGCCGGCAAAGCAGGCCUGCUGCUCCCAAUUAUUACCAGUCGGAGCUAAUUCUCUGUGUAUCGCCGCUCACGGUCAUCCUCUCCCGCCCCGUCGCCACCCGGGGGCUGCCAUAGCUGCCCGUUCGCUCAGUUUUAACCUCGACGUGAAAACGUAAACCAAAUCAAACCACGAGACAAAAACAGCAUGUUUGACACCGGCUCCCUCGGGGGAGCGCACACGGCCUCAGUUCACAUCUUCCGCAUAUAUAGAAACGUAGAUCAGCCUUAAAACAGCAGGUGACCCCUGCUGACUUAAUUAUCGUUCAUAUCUCGGCUUCUAAAAUCCCGUUCAUCAAAGUUUGAUUAGGGUCCGCCUGGGGAGCCCGGGCCGGACUGCUCUUCUUACAGAAAAGCUGACAGAUGCUCCUGGACGGGAGUCACAUUUCAAAGCAAAGUGGGAGUCUUGCUGUGGACCUCGUGGCGAGGGGUUCUUUUAAUCCACGCAAAGUCGCGGCUACGGUCACGGCAAUUAUCCAUCAGGCGGAUCCAGCUACGUGCCUCAGCAUCAAAGCGCCAGAGCGUGGGCAGAGCUGCGUCCCCAAAGGCCGCAUCCAGCUUUCGCAUGCCACCCAAACAAGAAAACCUCAUGACACCGUUCAGGCCCACACAGGACUUAUCCAGCCUACCCGCUUUUUUUUUCCGUUUUUUUUUCUAAAUCCACAAAACUUCUGUUCCUGACAUCAGAGGGGAAGUUUUGACCAAAAAAAAGCAAAGAAAAAAGAUUUAAAAGAGGAAAAAAAAAAGUCACAUGUAAAUGUUUACUCAGAGGUCAGGGGCAUGUUAGGACAACGCAUGCGAAAAACAAACCAGUGCCUGCAGAUUUGAAGGCAACCCUCACGUCUUAAACCUCCGAGUCUUGCUUGAAAAACAGAAACAGAAGUCUGGGACACCUUGGCGUCACACCCCCUCCACCUUAAACCCCACCGAAAUAAAAGAUAAUAAUGAUAAUAAUAAUAAUAAUAAUAAGUGGAUAUAAGGAAGAGGAAACACCGAUAGAUAGAACUAGAAGCGUAUGAAAUAUGGGACAGAAACCACUGCCAUGCUGUAAAAUGUCAUUUUCUACCCUCGAAGCAGCCGACAAAAGAAAACCCUGCCGCAGCUCCCUGUGUUAGACUGACUCUGUGCUUCUAGUGACGUGAGCUAGCGCCGUGCUUAGUGUGAGCAGCAUGACUUUAACAUUUCAUACGAGGACAUUUCAAGCACCCACUGGGAGUUGAGUCCCACUCCACCUCUUGAGUAUCUUCUGUAAGCAGAGUAUAUUUACAGCGUAAGAUAUGAUAACUUGUAAUCUCUUAGCAAAGCAUUUUUGCACUGUGUAAGUGCCACCACUUGAAUGUAGCCAAAGUGACUGUGUAGUCCCCUCAUCUAUGGUGAUUGCAUCAUCUACACUUUGUUCAUCCUAUGAAGACAAUAAAAGAUACAAGUAUAGCAAUGUAUUAUUUUUGCCUUUUAUCUUGUUGUAUUAAUGUUUAUAUUUGUUGUUCAUUGCUUCCUAGAAGAGAAUAAAACCUUUUAUUCAGCUGUA